ACCAACAUUCAAAAAUUCUACUCAACUUUCAUCUAUCUUCUUCUUCUUCUUUAUCAACGCCUACAAGAAAAGGAAGGGAAUCUACAAAAGUAGAAUAAUAAUAAUAAUGCCGUUGUGUUAGAGAGGAAUUCUCUUCCCAUUUCAUGACUACUUUAAAGCUUCAAAAAGUGGUUAUGUAGUUGAGUUUGAUUGAUUCCUAUAAUUCAUAUCUUGUUGAAACCAAAUGUAACUUAAUUUCCAAUCAACCAUGAUGAAGCUUCAUUCCUCAUUCUCAACAUGUUGCUUCUUCUUCUUCUUCAUCUUCUUCUACAUGGCGACUACGAUGACGGCUGACCUCAACUCAGACCGCGACGCCCUUCUUGAUUUCGCGUUAGCCAUGCCUCAUGCCAGGAGAUUCAACUGGAUAAACAAUUCCUUGAUUUGCACCUCUUGGGCGGGAGUCACUUGCUCUUCGCGUGGUCCUGCUCGGGUCGUGGCCCUCCGCCUACCCGCCUACGGCCUCCUCGGCCCUCUCCCGGACAACACCUUGGCAAGGCUGGACGCCCUCACCACUCUCAGCCUCAGAUCAAACUACCUCAAUGGCACCCUUCCGUCCGACCUCCUCUCUCUCGAUUCCCUACGCUAUAUCAAUCUCCAACACAACAGAUUCUCGGGCGCCAUCCCUUCCUUUCAGUCUCCUCUCCUCAAUGUCAUUGAUUUAUCCUUCAACUCAUUGACAGGCAACAUCCCUCAAACAGUCCAAAAUCUCACACAUCUCACUGCUUUAUUCCUCCAAAACAACUCUCUCUCUGGCUUCAUCCCUGACCUCAACCUUCCUGACCUUGUGCAAUUGAAUUUCAGCAAUAACAACCUCAAUGGCUCUGUCCCAUCUCACCUCCAGAGCUUCCCUGCUUCUUCAUUCACUGGCAACUCUAUGUUGUGUGGGAAGCCACUGCAGAAGUGCCAUGUAGCAUCACCACCUCCUUCUCCUUCGCCUUCGCCUUUGCCUUCACCUUUGUCUCCACCUUUUUCUCCACCAUCUCGAGAUCUCUUCCCGCCGCCUCCUUCUUCACAGUCCCCAUUUUCUCCAACACUUCCUCAAACAAAAAAGUCGAGCAAAAGUUUAGGCACAUCAAGUAUAGUUGCUCUGGGAGUAGGUGGAGCAGCGGUGGCAGCAGUUGCAGCCUCGGCAUUGUUAGUUUUCUGUUUGAAGCGGAGACGAGCAGCAGCAGCAGGAGGCAAAGGGAAUGCGGCUGUAGGGAGGAGAAACGAGACGCAUAAGGAGGAGUUUGGGAGUGGAGUGCAAGAGGCAGAGAAGAACCAACUGAUAUUCUUCCAAGGCAGUUCAUACAGCUUCAAUCUCGAGGACUUGCUGCGAGCCUCAGCCGAGGUGCUGGGAAAAGGAACAUACGGAACAACCUACACAGCAGUCUUGGAAGAAGGAACGACGGUGGUGGUCAAGCGCCUCAGAGAAGUGAUCUCCGGGAAGAGAGAGUUCGAGCAGCAGAUGAAGGCCAUUGGCAAGCUGCAACCCCACCCCAACGUUGUUCCCCUCCGUGCUUACUACCAUUCCAAAGACGAGAAGCUUCUAGUAUAUGACCAUGUACCCGCUGGCAGCCUCUACACACGACUCCAUGGCAACAGAGAAAAUGGAAGGAUUCUUGAUUGGGAAAGUAGAGUCAAGAUUUGCUUAGGAGCAUCCAAAGGGAUAGCACACAUUCAUUCAGCAAGUGGAAACAGACUCACUCAUGGAAACAUCAAGUCCUCAAACAUCCUUCUCAGCCAAGACACCAAUGCUUGUGUUGCAGAUUUUGGGCUCACACCUCUGAUGGGAGUCCCUACCACUCCAUCCAGAGGUGCUGGUUACCGAGCGCCAGAGCUCAUCGAGACAACGAGAUAUACUCAAAAAUGCGAUGUCUACAGCUUCGGUGUCCUGCUUCUUGAAUUGCUCACAGGCAAGUCACCCAUUCAGACACCAGGGCAAGAGGAUGUCAUGGAUCUGCCACGGUGGGUCCAAUCCGUCGUGAGAGAGGAAUGGACGGCUGAGGUUUUCGAUGGUGAACUGGUCAGAUAUCAGAGUGUUGAAGAGGAAAUGAUGAAGAUGCUUGAGAUUGCAAUGGCCUGUGUAGCGAAGGUGCCGGAGAUGAGACCUGCGAUGCAUGAAGUAGUCAGGAUGAUCGAGGAGCUAUCGGAUUCCGGGAACCAGCCGUCGUCCAGCAAUAGUCCCAUGUUGUUGUAAUCAUUCUUGCUUAUUUGUUCACUCAUGUAGUCAUUCAAUUAAUGCAACAACACAGCAACCAUCCUUUCACA